UCAGGCCUGAAGCCGCUUCGUCGCCCCGCAGCGAACAUGGAGAUGCUGCUCAAGCAGGAGCUGGGCUACAGCUCAGUCAAAGCUGCGGGUCACUCGGGAGGCGGGUGCAUUAGCCAGGGCCAGAGUUACGACACGGACAGAGGACGGGUGUUCGUGAAAGUGAAUUCCAAGGCGGAGGCUAAGAGAAUGUUUGAAGGUGAGAUGGCAAGUUUAACUGCCAUCCUGAGGACAGGCACAGUGAAAGCGCCCAAGCCCCUCAAGGUUCUCGAUGCCCCAGGAGGUGGGAGCAUGCUGGUGAUGGAGCAUUUGGACAUGCGCUACCUGAGCAGCUUUGCUGCCACGCUUGGGGCCCAGCUCGCAGAUCUACACCUUGAGAACAAGAAGCUUGGAGAGGGGCUCCUGAAGGAGGCCGGCACCGUGGGGAAAGGCGCCGGCCAGGCGGAGCGGCUCUUCGUGGACCAGUUUGGGUUUGAAGUCGUGACAUGCUGUGGGUACCUCCCCCAGGUAAAUGACUGGCAGAAGGACUGGGUCACAUUCUACGCCAGGCAGCGCAUCCAGCCCCAGAUAGACAUGGUGGAGGAGAAGUGUGGGGACCGGGAAGCUCUUGAACUGUGGUCUGCCCUGCAGUUGAAGAUCCCUGACCUGUUCCGCGAUCUGGAGAUUGUACCUUCCUUGCUUCAUGGAGACCUCUGGGGAGGGAAUGUAGCAGAAGAUUCCUCUGGACCCAUCAUUUUUGACCCAGCAUCCUUCUACGGCCACUCAGAAUAUGAGCUUGCAAUAGCCGGCAUGUUUGGGGGCUUCAGCAGCUCCUUUUACUCUGCCUACCAUAGCAAGAUCCCUAAAGCCCCCGGAUUCGAGAAGCGCUUGCAGCUCUAUCAGCUGUUUCACUAUCUGAACCACUGGAAUCACUUUGGAUCUGGGUAUAGAGGAUCCUCUUUAAACAUAAUGAGGAAUCUCAGCAAGUGAGCUGGCCUCCCCCCGGAGGGAGGAGUUCCUGUGAGUGCGCUGGGCCUUCUAAUGAGAUGACGGUAUAUCUAGAUCAAGUCUUAGCAUCACAGGUCCCACUGUGAACUGAGGGGAAUGCCUCAGGGUCAAGAGACCAGAUUCCAACUGUUUGCUCAAGGAGCUCAUGAUUCCCCACACUCCCCAUUCUCAUGAAUUCUUCCCAUUUACUCCGUGGCUGGACUUGCUUAGAAUCUUGUAAUGGUUUGCUUCUUUUUCCUUUUUUUCUCCCCUUCCCCCUAUUCUUCUCUCAUAUUUUACAUUCUUACCAGUUUCCCCUUUCUACCUUCCCCACUGUCUUCUCCUCUCUCCCCCAGGCCCAUCCCCCCUUCACCUCCCCUCAGAAAAGAGCAGGCCUCCUAGGGACAUCAACCAGACAUGGCAUAAGACGCUAUAAUAAGACCAGGAACAUACUUUCCCAUCAAGGCUGGAUGAGGCUGCCCAGUAGGAGGAGAAGGUCUCACAAAGAGGUGAAAGAGCCGGGACCCCGCUCCCACUGUUAGGAUUCCCAGAAGAACACCAAAGAACUCAGCCAUAGCGUGAAAGAGUCGGGCCCCGCUCCCACUGUUGGGAUUCCCAGAAGAACACCAAAGAACUUAGCCAUAGCGUGCAUACAGAGGACCUAGGUCAGACCCUGCAGGCUCCCUAUUCACUCCCAGCCCCUGUGUCCCUGUCAGUUGACUCGGUGGGCCAUAAGCUUUGUAAAGUAUGGCUUAUCUCAGAGGAAAGGUUAUGUGCACAUUGAAAGACUUCCUGGCUAGAUUAGGCCUCACUGGUGAUGUGAACACAGACUUAGGAAGUUCAGGUAUAGUGAGCCACGCUCUGCUGCAGGGGUGAAGAAGGGUGAGAGACUGUGUGGCGCAGUGAGGCGCCCACUGUGCUGGGAGGCCACUGCACCACUCGCCAGCUCCUCCGUGGGAAUUACCAUUUCUGAGCUGUGCACAGCGACUUUUUGUGAUACUUAGGCUUGAUCUAGACAUGGCGUCAUCUUAUUAGAAGAUUAGAAUAAUGACCAGUUCUAAAAUGGGUGACAUUCCUUUGCUUAUGUAGCACUUCUGGACCCUGCUUUAAGCUGAGUAGCUCUGGAGAUUGCCUUGUAGACUGACCAAACUACCAACCUUAAAGGUAACUUGGCUAAGUUUAGAAGCCUGGAAAUACUCCUGUUAUGCCAACUUUGUGCUCUUUUCUUCCUUCAUUCCUUCUUUCUUUUUCUUUCUUCCUUCCAUCCUUCCUUUCUUUUUCUUUUCCUUCCUUCCUUCUUUCCUUCCUUCCUUCCUUCUUUUUUUCUUUUCUUCCUUUUUUUUUUUGUUUUUUUAAGACAGGGCUCUGUGUAGCCCUGGAUGUCCUAAACUCGCUCUGUAGACCAGGCUGGUCUUGAACUUGGAGAUCCACCUGUUUCUCUGCCUCCCAAGCACUGGGAUUAAAGGUGUGAGCUGCCACCACACAGCGUUGUGCUGUUUUCUAAAGUUGUCAUUCCAUUGAAACAUACGGACAUUGGAUUAAUAUUUUUCUGUUUUUCAGCAUUGUAGAAAUGGGAGGUUUGAUGAAUGACACUGAUGUUGAGAAAUCUUUUUGCCUAAAAAUUUUAAUAAAAUUGCAGUUGUUUCAGUGAA